AGUGAUUUUAAAUGAUCCUUAAAUUAUGCUCCAAGGAAAGAUUUAUUCAACUCUCUACCCACGUUCUGUAGAACAACCCUUCUUCUUGACUUAUCUUCACUGUUUGAGUCAGUUCCUUAUUUUCAGGAACACUAGCUAGGUAAUGGAGGAUGCAAGGAAGGUGGUUCGGAUGUUAGAUCGGUGUAAAAAGGGUGUUAAGUUAAAGUUUUAAGGGAUCUUGACAACUGAGUAAGAAAUAUAUCUGUGUUAGUGAGAGUAUUCUUUUGUUCCAACUAUUGUAGGAUCAUCUAAACACGUAGAGUUCAAAUUACUGAGUUGUAAUUUAUGAAAGGGUUGUGUGACCCUUACAAAGGCUCAGUCAUAAGUCUUGAGUGUAGACUUCAAAGUAGAAGCUAGAGCGAGCAUUUAGGGUUGGCUUAGGUUCUUAGUGGAACUUAAGUUUUGUUGAGUUCCUUAUAGGUUGUAACAGAAUAUUUGCCCUAUUUAGUGAAGUUGAGUUCGAAAAUUCCAAGUGGUCGUGGUUGUACUCCUUGUUGGGCAUAAAGAGUUUCCAUGUAAAAAUCUCUUUACAUCUCUUUAUUUCGUUCUUUAUUUCUAAUUUCCGCAAAAUUUGGGAACACUAGUUCCUACACAAUUCAUACCCCUUCUUGCGCGUUCCAUCUUAGUUAACAAAUUUUUUCAUUUAUCCUCUUAAAAAAUUAUUCUAUAAAAAUUGCCAAUGACCUUUUCAAAUUUUUAUAUUAUAUUUUCUUUUAAAUGUUCCAAUCUUUAAAAAAAAAGUUGUACACUACAUCACAAAGAAACCCAAAUCCCACUAACUUCCUCCAUUAUAUUUACCAAGCCACUAACUAUCUUUUUCCCCCAAUAUACUACUUUUACCCGAUUUCUUAUUCUUCCUCCUCAAUAACUAGAACCUUCACCAAUGGCAAGAACAAGCCACAACACCCCACUCCCUUACCAAACUAGAAAAAAACCUUGUACUUCAUCACCCUCCACGGAAUCCCAACUCUGUUGGACGCAUCUGCAUAUUCACUUCCACAAAAAGCUAAUCUCGAACCAAAAUCUAAAAAUUCAGUCGGUAAUACUAAACUCCAGUCAAUUGAACCUAGCUUUUCACCCACUUAUAAUAAGCACAAAAUAAAGAGACGCAAGCUCAAAGAUGGUGGUCCAUAUAAUGGGGAAGCAAAGGAGCGUUUGCAAGCCCUAACACUCAAAGCUGACUGACUCACUCGGGGUUUUGCUCUAAAUGUGGAAUGGUGUCAACCAAAUCAGAAACCGACAUAGUUAACAUUGUUGAGAAAAGAAUAUGGCAAUCCAUGGAAGAAGGCCAUUUCGAGAAAUUACCUGGUAAGGGAAAACCUCUCGAUCUUAGUACCAAUCCUCAUGCAGCUCCUGAUGAGGACACACUAUAUCGAGUUCUCUCAAAGAAUGGGUGUGCACCAGAGUGGGUGGAACUCAACAAGCAGAUAAGGAGCGAUGCUGCUGAAUGGCGGUCAGCAUUAAAGAAAGCAUGGGCAUACAAGGUCAAUGGAAAUGUUGCUAAAUGGACUGAAUGCUCAGAGACUUUAAAGGCUGGAAUGAGUGCUAUUAAUAACAAGUUUGUGGAAUGCACAGGUAUUUCGCUAUAACUUAGUUGUGCCUUUUGGUCGCCAAAUGUUUGGCAUCAAGUGGGAGAAGGAAUUGGAUCGCCUGAAACAAUCCUAACAAUACAGCAUGCAGAUCCUAAGAUUUAUUCACACUUUGGCAGGUCAUGUCUGAAAUUGCCUUCUUGAAAGGCCUUUGUUAGGAAGAAAGGACUAUUUUGGUUGUAUGAGAAUCAUCAGAGCAUGUGUUCCCCUCUGAACCAAUGCAUCAAAAUGCAAGAAAUGUAAAAUGUAUAUCAUAAUGUAGAUAGUUUGUUUGGUAUGUCUUUACUCGUGAUUUGCUUUGCGUCUCAUAAGUGUGUUUUACACUAUGUCCCCAAAAAUAAGUCUCAUUUGCAUUUUGUACACAAUUUAGGAAAGUGAAUAUAAAAUUGGAUGGUGGAGUUUGGUUGAUUAAA